AUGUACAUAGCUGAAGAAAGAGGAUCGGCUUACGCUCCCGAUUACCGGGUUUACUUCAAGGAUGAGAGUGGUCCUAUCUCGCCGUUGCACGAUAUCCCUCUCUGGGCCGAUAAGGCUCGGCGGCUUGUGAACAUGGUAGUGGAGGUUCCGCGCUGGUCCAACGCCAAAAUGGAGAUCAGUCUGGGUGAGCCCCUCAACCCUAUCAAACAGGACGUAAAGAAGGGCGCUCUCCGCUUCGUCAGCAACGUGUUUCCGCAUCAUGGCUACAUUUGGAAUUACGGCGCGCUCCCUCAAACCUGGGAGAACCCGCAUCACAUUGACCCCGGCACGCAGGCGCGCGGUGACAAUGACCCCAUCGACGUCAUUGAGAUCGGAGAGCGUGUGGCUUCACGCGGAGACGUGUAUCCUGUGAAGAUACUUGGCACGCUUGCACUCAUCGACGAGGGCGAGACCGACUGGAAGCUUAUCGCUAUAGAUUCGAGGGAUCCCGUUGCCGAAAAACUCAAUGACGUGGGUGAUGUGGAAGUCCACUUUCCAGGACUACUACGGGCUACGGUUGAGUGGUUCCGACUGUACAAGGUGCCUGAUGGCAAACCUGUCAACCGCUUCGCUUUUGACGGUGAGGCGAAGGAUGCCGAAUUUGCGUAUAAAAUUAUUGACGAGGUGCACGAGUUCUGGCGCUCGCUGGUCUCGGGCGACGCGUCGGGGGACGGCGCCGACGCCAACGACAUCAACAAGAUGAACGUGACGGUGCAGAGCAGCGCCGCGCGAGUGGAGCGCGCGGCGGCCGGCGCCGUCCUGUCGCGCGCCCCCCCCCGCGGCCUGCCCCGCGCGCUGCCGCCCGCCGUGGACAAGUGGCACUUCAUCUCCAACAUAUAG